AUUUCCUGGAUUCAGUGUUCUUCAGGAGGUACAGCUGGGAAUUGGCAAGAGUCUUACUUAUUUUUAAGACAGUUUUUUGAGUAGGUGAAUGUGAAGGGGUGGGCAUAGUAUCAGAUAAUUGAAUGUGUGGGUAUAAUAUGUAUCUGUAUCAAUGAAAGCUGGAUUAAUUACUAUCCUAAGUACCCAGAUUGGCACUAUACCAGGUUUUAAAUUGCAGAUAUAAACAGAGUGCUAGUUAACAGGAAAUUACAUUUUCAGAUUAACAGUAGCAUUUGGUUGUGCUGAAAGCAGUUUCUUUCCUUCCUUUCUCUUUCAUUCUUUCUUCCUUUCUUUAUUUCACAUUGAUUAAAUACAUUUACCACCUAACUGCUUGAAUAAGUGAAGAGGAUUGGGGGAGAGAUGGGUUUUGUCAUGAAUACUGUGGAGUUGGUGUGAUGUCACCGUCAGCUCUGUGCGAUCGUAGGUGGUAUUAGAGCUCCAGGAGCGAGAGGGGGGGAGAGGAGUGGAAGAGACGAUGUCGCUCUCAGACAAGCAGCCAGCCUCUCUCACUGCCGCGCACAGCCAGCUUGGUAAGGGCAAGCCUGCAGAGUGCCGAAUGGACUCCGCGAAAGAAAUCAGUCAAGCUGGAUUUGAGUGGCAGAGGACAGAGGGCAAACUGAAUGAAAUCGGGCUGAAUGUCAGCAUGGACGGGAAGCUGAAAGACGGGCUUGUGAAGAAUGCCAGCUUCCUGGAGCCGAGUAAGCUCUGCUUUUUUGAGGGGAAGCUAGACAAAGAGUGCAGCAUUGAAGUGCAAGACAAGGAGUAUCAGGCAACCUCGGGUCACCUUGAGAGCAGGUAUGUGAUUUCAGAAACCUGCCACCCCUUGGAGGGGAACUCAGUUCACCAGAAGACUGCUGAGUUCCAUCUGGGACUCAUAGAGGGGCCAGACACCUUUCAGGGGAAGUUGGUAGGGAAGAAUGGACUGGAGAACAAGAGCCAGCCACAUCUGGAUUUCCCUGGAGCUGCUGAUACCCCCACCUGGUACGUUAAAGAGCAGGAAACCAGUGUUUGGAACCCCAACUUUCAUCCAGUGGCUGAAGACCUUCAGAGCCCAUGGGAAGCCACUAUAGGAGAGAAGGAGAAUGGCAUCACCCCUGGCUGCCCUGUGAUAGGUAUAGUGACUGAUAACUCUGGGCAGUUUAAAUGUGAGUCUCCACUACUAGCGACUGUAGCCCACCCGACCCCCGUUAUUGAGCAUUCACCCACUGGCAUUCCACCAAUCACUAUGGUGGAGUUCACCCAGGAGUAUUUGAAUGCAGGCUCUCACAUCAGAGGCCACGAUAAGGAUUUGGAGAAAUUGAGUUCUACCGAAGAGAGUGCUGUGCUUGACCAAGCCCCACAGCAGAAAAAGGCCAUGCGCCGAGCCCUGUCUGAAUGCUCUCACCUCUCUGUUCCACCAGCUGUCAACCUCGCAGAUAAGUAUCCUGAGCUCCCUGCCCGAGAAGAGCUUGCUUCUGGCCUUCUGCCUCCCACCAGUGGCCCAGUGCCUAGUCCCAUGCCCAGGAACCUGGGUACUCCUGGCAUCAGGCGCUCCAUGACAGUGGCUGAGGAACAGUCAGCUAUCUGCAAAUUGAGCCCUGGGGAGCUGCCCAUCUUGCCUACUAAAGAGAUACCUCCUUUGAUUUGUGAGGAACCUGUGGUUGAGAAGAGAGAAGAAUUCACCCAUUUUAGUAACAGCAGCAGCAGCUCUGGUAAGAAGGAACUCGGCACUGCUCUCCUUAGUAAGCUAGAGCAAAUUCCUGAAGGAAGCAGUAAGGAAAAAGGACAGGAAGAUAUUAGUGAAGCAAGAAUUGAUUCCUGCAUCCAAGUCUGUCAGGGAGGAGAGAAAAAGCCAGGGUGGACAACUCUGGCAGAGAAGGAAAUUGAGGUCACUGCAACCCAGAGCUCUCUUUCGUUGCCGUGUGAAGAGCCCCCACGUGAUGGUAUGUUUCUAAAUUUUGCCUCCAUUGGGAACAAGCAGACAGCAAGGAAGAAACCAAAGUGACAGAUUACCGGCAGGAGCAUUAGGCAGCUUUUAUUGCUAGAGUCUGUGACUGCCUGGGGAAAGCUUAAUUCCCUUGUGGUGUGAGAUUGCAUGGAGCGAGGGGGAAAAAGAGAACAAAGUGAAUCUGGCUGGGUCUGGUGAAAUGUCUGCUGGCAUGACAGAUAGUGUGGAUUGAGGAUGUGGGCUAAAUGGGCAGGGAGGGGAAUGAGGUCAGAGGAUGGUGGACAUAAAAAUUAAAGCCCCUUUCUUCACCUCAGUCACCCUUCCACCCUAUUCCCCAGCCUUCCAUUCCCUCAGCUCCCCAUUGGUUUGAACCAAAUGAUUCCUGGGCUCUAAAUCAUCCAAUCGCAACUGAUUGAUUUCUUUGCCUGAAAAAUGUCACUUUGUGUAGAUUCACAAUGGGUUUAUCAGCACUAACCUCCUCUCAUUAAGUUGCACAGUCUGGGUGGAAGCUCUGUUUUCCGUUUUGCUUUUGAGAACAUUUUACUUUUGUUCAAACUGAAAAAGAGCCUUUUAAAGCUGGCUAUUUAAUAUUCUCUUCCUGUUCUUCAUGUUUGACCCAAUCUAGCUUCUAAUUUUCUCUUUCUGUAUGUGUUUUGGGAGUAUUUGUAGGGAAGAAGAGAAGAAAGAGCAAGUAGAGAGAGGACAGACUUGCUUGCAAUCUAAUAAACAGCUAAGUUUUGUGGUCUUUGUGA